UGAACCUUCGAAAUAUAAUCUGAUUAUACACUGAAUAUUGCAAUUCUUUUUGGUUAUUUUUACGAUCUGAUUUCUCCUGAAACGCAGUAAAUUUGAGAUUAAGGGAUUAAUAUUACCGGGAAAACAAUUUGAAGAGAGCUGACGUAAUUCACGGUAUUUUUUUUACCACGAGUGUGCGGUUCAGCAUGGUUUGUUGAUGUUUUUGACAAGCAACGAAAAGUAAUUUAUACUCAGGACCUAAUCUUAACUUGAACGUUUUGUGCAGUAUCCCGAUGGAUGGAUUCGAUACUAUUAGCUUAGAGAGUAAUACCUGUGAUAUUUGUAAUCAAGAUACAGGAGAAGAACUGAUUGAUUGUAUUCUGAACGACCGAUGUUUGCAGGUGAGAGAGAACAGUGUCGAUGGUAAAGAACCUUACAAACGAGCGCAUAAAGAUUGUCUUCACAAGUGGAAAACUGUAAUCCAGGCUACCCUGACAGCUAGAUGUCCUUCUCCAAAAAGAACCUGGAAGGAUAGGAUAAAAGAUCUCUUAAUUCGACACGAAGAAUCAAACGCGAAUGAUACUUGGCUCCGAGUUGAUUGUGCUCCAAAAAAUCAUGACUCGAUACAAGUCGAAAAUUCGAAAACUUUAAACUUGAAUUCGAACCAAAACAACAACAAAACGAGCUCGCGAAGACAUUGUUUCUUAACUAAUGAAGAAUACAGAAUAGAACGAACCGAAGAUGAGGUUGGUUCAUGCGAAGAAAGAGCUCGUAAACUUCGCGUUCGCUCUGUCGACAAAGAAGACGAAGAUUUCGAUGUUUCAAAAGACUUGCAGCUUAAUGACAAAUACGAGGAUGCAGAAAUCUUCCAAACAUCUUGGACUGUCGCACAACUUGACAAGAUGCACAAAAAUGAGAUAGAGGAUAUCAUUGCACAGAUCAAGCAAAGAAUUGAAGAGGUGUCAACACUACUGAUUUCUGAACUCCAGGAAAAGGAUUCUCUCCGACAACAGGCUGAUAUUUUGCAUACAACAGCUGCUCAAUUGGUCAAGUUGAAACAAAAGCAAAAUAUCAAAACUCAUAGUUUAGACUUUGAACAUCAGCAUCAUCUGGUGACAUGAUGUAUGUUAUAUAUGUUAUAUUAUGUCCUGGGGCAGAUCCAGGGGGUGUUCUGUGGUAUACUGGACACCCCCUAAUGCUAUAGUUACUCUUACAUAUGCCUUUUUGAAGUGAUCCAUAAUAUCUGUAUAUAUAUUUUUCAUUUGGGACACCCCGUUAACGAAUUCCUGGAUCCUACCCUAAUGUGUUAAACCAAGGACUCAGAACAUAACUAAUGGUUGCAUAUGCAACAAGCACUACUGACCCUUCAAGUUUUAAUACAAUAUGUGUUUUCAAACAUCUAGCCCCCAAUGUUGCCAAGGCAAUGUCAUCAAUGCUGCUUAUAAACAUCCUCCCUCCUGGACAAAGAAAAGUUCUUCUACUGCAGCCUACUUUAAUAAAUAAUCUUUAUCUUUGAGUGGUUCAAGGUGCUUUUUAUGAGCAUACGAAUUUGUAAAAUAUUAUAGUUGAAUCUGUCAGAAGAAUUUGGUGGGACCCUUGGUCCCCCCCCCCCCCCCCUCACAACCAUUGUAGUAGUAUUAGACAUGCAUGAACACAGAUUUUCUUUUCAAAAUACAAAAAAGUAUACAGUAAUAUACUGUAUGUAAUGUUUAAUAAACCAGCAGGAGUGUUUUAUCGGGUAUAAAACAUGAGGCGUAGCCG